AGUGUUAGAUGAACACGCGUGUUCCUUUGCUUUUUUCCUCUUCUUAUAUUCUAUUGCUCUUAUCUUUUCAAUGCGCUGUGGAAGGAAUCUAGAAAGGACAGGUCUUGGCGAAGCAAAAGCAGUGCAAAUAGCGUCUCUAGAGAAUAAGGAGGGAGAAGCUGAUUCUCUUCUUGAGCAAAUUGUAAACAGUAGUGGUGCUAUUCCUUCUGUAAUAACAUUCUUUUCGUUUUUUUAAACUCCACCCCCACAUGAUUUAUUGCUUGAUUGAUUCAGAAAACACCACCUUGCCUGCCCACACAGUUGCCCAUUUCUUUUUUUCUGGUUCUUUUUAAAAAAAAAAUUUCUGGGGUUUUGACUCGUUCUACCUACGACCCCAACAAGUCAGCGAAUCGCAGAUUAACAAUAACACUGUUUACUCAGUGAUUCAUGCUGUGUUGCUGAUCAAAUCAUUAGAUCGAGUGAAAAGAAGAGAAGAAAGGAAGGAGUGAUGUGGCCCGUGGUAGUAAUAUUUGCUGGUGGCUUUCUUUCUGGCCUGCUCACUCUUGUUGCUUUACAAGCUUUGGGUGUUUAUGUUUUGAUUAAAAGAUUGAAUCGAAAGACUCAACAACAACAUGCAUCACAUUCUUAUUCUUCUUCUCUUCCACAUCAUCAAGACCUCGAUCCCCAACAGUCCCUUGAUUAUGCCCAUAACAAGAAGGGAUAUGUCUGGGUUCUUGAUUCAGAUAAGGUUCUGAAAAAUUGGCCAGUGGAAAAAGUACCGAAAGAUCAAAAGAAGAAAAAGGAGCUCCUUGAGGUCACUCCCAUCCGAAAACAGGCAAAAAUCAAGGGUAGUUCACUUAUUUUGACAGAUUCAGGUGGUUCACAUAGAGUUAUACCUUUGAAAGGUUGUGCAAUAGAAGCUGUGUCAGCUACAAGCCUUCCAUCAAGAAAAUGGGCCAAAAGAUUUCCAAUAAAAGUGGAAAGCAAAACAUCACCAAUAUAUAAUGCAAGUAAGACAGUCUUUAUAUUUCUUGAGACAUCCUGGGAGAAGGAGUCAUGGUGUAAAGCCCUCCGUCUUGCUUCAAGUGAUGACCAAGAAAAACUUAACUGGUUCAUCAAGUUGAAUGAAGAGUUCCUACGAUAUUUGACAUCCUUAAAUACAGAAUACCCUUCAUUUAUGAAACCCUCUGUUGGUUUCUAUGUUGAGCCAAUUGAUAGGGCCAGUAGGUUUGAUGGUUCUGAAUCAAAGGUUCGCCUGUUUUGGAAAAAGCUUGCCAGAAAGGCAUCAAAGAGUGGUGUAGAAAAUAAGGUGAGUUCCUUGUUAGGUCGUGAAGAGAGAAAGAUUAAUGAUAAGUAUCAUCCAUCCCUAUCAACAUCGAAGGCCCCUAUCAACUCCGAGGAAGAAAAUAUCUCGUUACCUUCGUCAUCAACCAGUUCCCGUGCCUCAAGCCUAAGCCAGCUUCAAGUCAUUUCUGAUGCAGACGCUGAUGAAAAGUUAAAUGUUGAUGAGGGAACACUCUGCUGGAACUUGAUUAUUUCUCGGCUCUUUUUUGAUGCCAAAAGCAAUGACAGGAUGAAGAGUUUAACACAAGCGCGGAUUCAGAGAACUUUGUCCAAUAUGAGGACCCCCAGUUACAUUGGCGAAGUCAUAUGUACUGAUCUAAACCUUGGGAAUCUCCCGCCUUAUAUCCAUGGUAUUAGGGUUCUUCCUACACACAUGAAUGAGGUAUGGGCAUGGGAAGUUGAUAUCGAAUAUUGUGGCGGGCUAGUGCUAGAUAUUGAAACAAGACUGGAAGUUCGUGACCUAGAUUUGCAGAAAGGUGUGGUGGAUACAGACUUGGGAUCCAGCUCUGUUAGGGAUGCUUCAUCAGACCUUCUGGAAGGUUUUGAACAUCUUGGAAAGCAGUUGAAUUUUUCUGAAGGGACUGUUGAUUCACGAGAAAGGAAGGAUGAGGGUAAUCCUAUGUCUGAUGAAUUAAAGGACUUUAAGAGUGGCAUAACAACAUCAACGAAUGUAUCUAGGUGGAAGUCCCUCCUUAAUUCUGUUGCAAAACAGGUUUCACAGGUGCCACUCUCUUUGUCAAUAAGGUUAGGAUCCGUUCGUGGAACAGUGCGAUUACAUAUUAAGCCACCUCCCUCUGAUCAGUUAUGGUUUGGCUUCACAUCCACGCCUGAUGUGGAGUUUGAGUUGGAGUCUUCUGUUGGGGAACACAGGAUCACUAGUGGGCAAGUAGCGUUAUACCUGAUCAAUAAAUUUAAGGCUGCAAUCCGGGAGACAAUGGUUCUUCCAAAUUGUGAAAGCGUGUGCAUUCCCUGGAUGUUAGCAGAAAAGAAUGACUGGGUCCCUCGAAAUGUUGCUCCUUUUAUAUGGGUUAAUCAAGAAGCCGCUAGUGAUAAUGCCACUGCACUUGAACUUUUGAACUCCCAACUUGAUGCAAAAACCAAGAUUGAAGCUGGCGGGGAAACCUCAUACGAUCAUCCAGAAAGCAAGCAUCAGAAAACAAGGAAUGCUGAAAAUGUUCAACCACCAUAUUCUGAUUCUUCAGAUGAUUUGACUCAAGCGUUAAGCUCUAAGAAGCCAUCAAUGAAAAAUGACAAGUCAUCGCAAGAUCUAAUAACUCCUUUGUUGGCAAACAGUGAAGCGCUAGAAACUGGCCAAAACAGCUCAGGGUAUGCCUCGGAAAGUCAAUCACCUUCUUGGUCUCUGAUAUCUCUGGAGAAACAGACUCGUUCUGUUGAAGAAGAUGAUUCAAGACCAAAGAAAAUGGGAAGGAGGGCAAAGAUGCUUGAUCUAGGGAAGAAGAUGGGGGAGAAAUUGGAAGAAAAGAGGCGCCAUAUUGAAGAAAAGGGUAGGAAUAUCGUUGACAAGAUGCGAGGACCAUGAAAAUGCCAAAACAUGUAGACUGUUGGGAGAGACAAGAAAUGGUGGCAAAUACUACUUUCUUCAUUGAGGGAUGAAGGCAUCGAUCAGUUCACAUACAUGGUAUCUAUUUUUUAGGUUGAGAUAAAUCCUUGGGUACAGAAAUUCAUUUACAUUUAUUUCAUGAAGAAUAAGAUACAGCGAGGAGGCUCGAAUUGACAACAAAAAUAGGUAUAUAUAGAAAGCAACUUUAUGCCUUGAAUUUACAUAGAUAGGUCUUUGUUGUAAGAGUGACAUGACUAAUUAUAGUUAUACAUGUAUUCUGGAUCGAGAGACUUGCACAGUUGCACAGUUACUUUA